GUUUUGGUAUGACAACCAAAAUUUCCAAACCAAAAUAAUUUCCAAAUUGGAAAUUAGCGGGAAUCAUGGGAUCUCUGAACCACACCCAAAUAAACCAACUUUGGCAGCUCCGCUACCGGCCACCUAACUCUUCCCUCUCCCUUCCCCUACUCUUCACUUCACUCUAUUCUCAACCUGCACCAACCACCACUUUUAAAAAGAUGUGGCAACUUCUCCUUGCCGCAGCUUUAGCAGGAUCUGCUACUUUCGUUGCUAAGCAUUUUCUUGCUCAGGAACGCCCUAAAGAGGAAGAAAAUCCUUUUGAAGAUUCGAUUGCUUCUGCAUUUCAAUCUCCUCUAUUUCCUAACCAUGGUAAUGAGUGCGGAUACGACAGUAAUUUCCAGCAACCACCUGAUGGGACUGCUUCUUCGUCAAGUGGUAAGAAAACUAGGAUUUCGAGGAACAAAUCGGGCAUCACUGGUCGCCGAUUGAAUUUUGGUGCUGAAAAUUACAAGGCUGAUAAAAGAUCUGGUGGUUCCGAGAAGAGUGCAAGGCGAUUUGCUGUUUGCUUGAAGAAGAGGAGAACUGCCAAGAGUGUGCCUUCCAAGUGUGGAUCCCGUUCUUCUAAAGAUAGCUCUUUGUUUGGUUGUGGACUUGGCAUUGGAAUCAUGUAUAUGAUGUCAGCUGAGAAAGCUGAGAUCAGUAAGCUAAGCAAUGCCAUGGAUGAUAAAAGAAGGUCAGCCAAAGUUGCUGCUAGCUCAAAAGAGUUAAGCAGUAAUAAUGAACUAGAGUUUUAUAGAGCAGGUACAGGGCACAAUAAUGACCCCAAAGCUAUCAAAGUUUCUGGGAUCCCAAUGAUUGAUGAUGUUGAAUGCCCAAGUAGUGUUCUUACAGAAGAGCCAGAGCCACAGCUGCUGGAAAUGGAUCAACUGGAAGCAGAGCUUGCAUCUGAACUACAAAAACUUCUAUGGUCCUAUCCUGAAGCUUCUGGUAAUGAAGGAGUUGGACCAAAUAUGGACAAGAAUGAGACUUUUUCUGGUGGGCUUCACAAACUGGAGGGUCAGAGCACUAUUUCUUGCCAAUGCCAUGGAGUAUUGCCAUCUGAACUGGAUCGGAAACUGUCUCAUUUGCUCAUCGAACAGCAGAAAAAUCAAAUUGAGGAGCUAGAAUCUGAAUUGCAUUCUGCCCAGUCCAAACUCCAUGAGAAGGAAGCUGAACUCCAGGCACUGAAGGACUGCGUAAAACGCCUGACUGAAUUCUCCCUAUCAAUUGUAUCAGAUGAUGAAGCUGUGACAUAUACUGAGCAAGAGUGCACAAGUGAAUGGGAUAACGAGAGCAACAUGGGUUCUGAGUUAAGGAAAUCGACGGUGGGGAUGAAAAGGUCUAUAGGGACUGCAUAAUUCAGUUGUUAACAUGUUUGAUUUUAGUUUAUUAUACCAUAUGUUAAUGUGAAAUGUGUCUAUAUGAUGUGGGUAGGAAGGUAAGGAUUUUUAUUUUUAACAUGCAAGGAUUUUUAUAUUAAUUUUUCUUAUGUCUAUAAUUUAAUGUCUAGAGCUGAGCUCUCUUUUAUCUUUUACUAAAUCGAUUUGACUUUAGCUUGCUGGUAUCAUUUCUAGUUCUAGGACUAACACUUUGUUGAGUGCAAUAAGGAAGGCCAUAAAUCAUA